AUGGAUGAAGAGCGGAAGUUGGUUAGGGAGAGAGUUCUUUGCUCGCUUCUGAAAAAAGAAAAUGGGAAAAGGAUCGAUUUGGAAAUUGAGCGAAACUGUUCCGUGAAAGAUAUUCUUGAUUUGUGCCAAGCACCAGAUUCACGGCUCAUCCUUACAGGAGUCGAAUUGACUCCAACGACCGUUCUAUCCGAUCUCUUCUCCUUGGAGCAUUUUGAAUUCAUCCUCUUCCCGCCUGAAUCUCGAGGACAUAUCCUUUCAACGGUAAAAUUACCUUGCCCCGUACUGAUUUUUAAAUAUUUGAAUUCGAUUGUCUUUGGCAAAUCCGUUGAGCACCAUCCUCACUUUCCUGAAAUCAACUUCGCCAUUUGCAAAGAAUGCGUCAAAACCACUCGAAGCCCAACCCCUGCAUAUCCCAAAAUCACCUGCUCUCAAUGUCAAAGCUACCUCAUCUCUUCAAAGCCCAGAUGCUCCUGCGAAGUUCCAAAUCCUUCGAAAAAUUCAAUUUGUACAGAACACGAUCGUGACCAAAUCAUCAUUCCACAACUUCGUCUUCCCGAGAACAUCCGGCUUCAAGGAGGCGGUUCUUCAAAUUUGUGCUGCAUUUGUUUCGAUGAAAUAAGACUAGAACCCGUCGUUGUUUUCCAGAAAUCUGGACUGCCCUGUCACGUCACAUGUCUUCCCUGCUACGAGCGUUACGCCGAACACUCAAUCAAAGAACGAAAAAGCCCAGCAUUAUCCUUCAAUUCCUCCGGCGUGAUGCUCGCCUGUCCGGCCUGUCAUUCAGUUCCUGAUAAAACCUGGAAACCCCAGAUUCUUCGACUCUUUGGAGAUGAAAUUUACGAUCUCUACGGAACAAUGUCGACAGAAUUCUUCCUUUCCAAGCAAGAAAAUAGGCUCUUUUGCCCAAAGCAAAGCUGUGGAAGUGUAUUUCUUGUGGAGACAAAAGAAGGCGGCAUUAUAACUUGCCCAGUUUGCUACUACCAGUUCUGUGCUAAUUGUAACGAAGAGGCUCAUCAAGGCGAAUGUUCGAAUGCACCGAGUAAUGAUAAUUCUAAGUCAUUGAUUGCAAAAAUGAAGAAAUGCCCAGAUUGUCAAACCCCAGCGGAGAAAAUUUCCGGCUGCAACCACAUGACCUGCCAGGCACCAUUUUGUGAUACAGAAUGGUGCUGGAUCUGUUGCCGUGUUUGGUCUCUUCAAUGUCAAUUGGAACACUGGGGACUUCAUGAUCCUGGCACAGAGAUUGAUUAA